GGACAAUGCGGAAGUGUUGAUCCUGAAACACUGGGCGCCUCGAAGCGGCUGAGCGAUUGUGCUUUUGACAUUUAAAUGGUCAGGAUGACGCAGAAACGUUACCUGGAAGGACAGGUGUAUUCUGUACCACUGAUCCAGCCUGACUUGAGGAGAGAAGAGGCUGUGCAUCAGAUCACUGAUGCUUUACAAUACCUGGAGACUAUAUCAACAGACAUCUUUAGCAGGGUGUCUCAGAGUGUGGAGAAAAACCGUGCACACCUUCAGACCGUCACAGACCGGAUCAAACUGGCUCAGGCCAGAGUCCAGAAGAUCAAAGGAAGCAAGAAAGCCACAAAGGUAUUCUCCAGUGCCAAAUACCCCGCUCCAGAAAAACUGCAGGAUUAUUCUUCCAUCUUUAUGGGUGCAGUUGAUCCUGCCUCCCAAAAGCGGCCUCGCUUUAAAGUUCAGAGCAAACUCCGCCCACUGGAUGACAAGGCCCUACAGGAGAAGUUGAUGUAUUUGCCAGUAUGCGUGAACACCAAGAAGCGCUCCGAGGAUGAGACCGAAGAGGGUUUAGGAAGUCUGCCGAGAAACGUCAACUCAGUCAGCUCCUUAUUGCUGUUCAACACAACAGAGAACCUAUAUAAGAAAUAUGUGUUUCUUGACCCAUUGGCGGGAGCUGUGACUAAAACGCACAACACAUUAGAGACGGAAAAGGAAAACAAACCAUUUGAUGCACCGCUGUCAAUCACCAAGAGAGAGCAGCUUGAAAGACAGACUGCAGAGAAUUAUUUCUAUGUGCCAGACCUGGGGCAAGUGCCAGAGAUUGAUGUGCCAUCUUACCUGCCUGACCUACCUGGCAUCGCCGAUGACCUCAUGUACAGUGCUGACCUCGGCCCAGGGUUCGGGCCAUCCGUUCCUUCCAGUGCCAGCAUUCCCGAACUUCCCUCAUUUGGCACAGAGCAUGAUGAAUCCACUGGAUCAUACUCUCACUUUACACUCGAGGCUCCUCCUCCUCCUCCUCCCCCUCCCCCACCAGAGCCCACUCAUGUAUCAGCCCCGCCCCUUGGAGCAUCUCUAGCCCCGCCCCCUCCACCUCCACCUAUUGCACCAGACAGAACUGAUGACACAAGUCAUGCCUCACCCACAGGUAUUGUGAAAGAUGCCCCAGACGCCCCAACUGAAGUAAUACAACCCUCGGACGGGCGAGCCAGCCUGCUGGAGUCGAUUCGGAAUGCCGGCGGCAUCGGCAAAGCGAAACUUCGGAACGUGAAAGAGCGAAAGAUGGAAAAGAAGAAACAGAAAGAGCAAGAGCAAGUUGGUGCAGCGGUCAGUGGAGGCGACCUCAUGUCUGACCUGUUUAAUAAGUUGGCCAUGCGCAGGAAAGGUAUCUCUGGCAAGGGUCCAGGGGGCGGAGACUCUUCAGAAGCACCUGCCAGCUCCGGCGGAGCAUUCGCCAGGAUGUCAGAUGUGAUCCCGCCCCUUCCAGCACCACUGCAACCCACCGCUGAUGAAGAUGAUUGGGAGGCGUAACCACGGCGACCCCGGGUCAGAGUGUUUCACAGAGCUGGAGUAAAAUUCAAGACUUGAGGUUGGAAGUCCUCUUAUGAAUUGAAGGACAGGGUCUGAAGUUGUCGUUUAUUCAAGGACACCUUGUCUCAUUUUGUUUGUUUGGAAAGCAGGUUUAUUUUAAAGGUCUGAAUGAAUGUGACUUUGAUAUGGGUGUGAUAAGAUUACAUUGAAAGCUCAUGAAAUGACAGAAUGGCACUUAGUCAGGGUAGUCACCAUAUUUCAUUUUCAUUCACUUCAAAUAUGGCAUCUAUCCUGAUCAAGGUAUAUGUAGUUGAAUCCUAACUAAUAUUUCAAGUGUGGGGAUAACAAAAAAGCUGGAUGUAUUUUUUGAUGUUUUGUUUUUUUAAACACUUUACAACACUUCCUGCAUUUUGCAGCUUUAGUACAGAAAAAUAAACUAAUCUACAAUGGCCAUUGUUUC